AUGGCGCGGCCGGUCCGGCGAGCGCUCGGGGCCCCGCGCCGCUCGCCUUGUCUUCUCCUCCACUGGCUGCUGCUGCUGCUGCUGCUGCUGCUGGUGCUACUUCGGCUGGAGCCCGCAUCGGCCGCGGCCGGCCCGCGGGCGCCCUGCGCUGCCGCCUGCACUUGCGCUGGGGACUCGCUGGACUGCGGCGGGCGCGGGCUGGCGGCGCUGCCCGGAGACCUGCCCGCCUGGACGCGGAGCCUGAACCUGAGUCACAGCAAACUUUCCGAGAUUGAUCCUGCUGGUUUUGAGGACUUGCCCAAUCUACAAGAAGUGUACCUCAAUAACAAUGAGUUGACAGCCGUACCGUCGCUGGGUGCUGCCUCAUCUCGUAUCCUCUCUCUCUUUCUGCAACACAAUAGGAUCCGCAGCGUGGAGGGGAGUCAGCUCAAGGCUUACGUUUCCUUGGAAGUGCUGGAUCUAAGCUCCAACAACAUCACAGAGAUCCGGAGCACCUGCUUCCCGCACGGGCUGCCCAUAAAGGAGCUCAACCUGGCGAGCAACCGGAUCAGCACCCUGGAGUCGGGAGCAUUUGACGGUCUGUCACGGUCGCUGCUAACGCUUCGGCUGAGCAAAAACAGGAUCACCCAGCUUCCUGUGAAAGCAUUCAAGUUACCCCGGCUGACACAACUGGACCUCAAUCGGAAUCGGAUUCGGCUCAUCGAGGGCCUGACGUUCCAAGGGCUCGACAGUUUGGAGGUGCUGAGGCUCCAGCGAAACAACAUCAGCAAGCUGACGGACGGCGCCUUCUGGGGUUUGGCCAGGAUGCAGGCGCUGCACCUGGAGUACAACAGCCUGGCGGAGGUGAACAGCGGCUCACUCUAUGGCCUCACGGCCCUGCACCAGCUCCACCUUGGCAACAACUUCAUCUCCCGGAUCCACCGUGACGGCUGGAGCUUCUGCCAGAAGCUGCACGAGCUGAUUCUGUCCUUCAAUAAUCUGACCCGGCUGGACGAGGAGAGCCUGGCUGACCUGAGUAGCUUGAGCAUCCUACGCCUCAGCCACAAUUCCAUCAGUCACAUUGCGGAAGGCGCCUUCCGGGGACUCAAAAGCCUGCGCAUCUUGGACCUGGACCACAACGAGAUUUCGGGGACAAUCGAGGACACCAGUGGUGCUUUCACAGGGCUUGACAGCCUCAGCAAGCUAACUCUGUCGGGAAACAAGAUCAAGUCCGUGGCUAAGAGAGCGUUCUCGGGGCUGGAAGGUCUGGAGCACCUGAACCUUGGAGAGAAUGCAAUCAGAUCUGUCCAGUUUGAUGCCUUUGUGAAGAUGAAGAAUCUUAAAGAGCUCCAUAUCAGCAGCGACAGCUUCCUGUGCGACUGCCAGCUGAAGUGGCUGCCCCCGUGGCUGCUGGGCAGGAUGCUGCAGGGCUUCGUGACAGCCACCUGUGCCCACCCAGAGUCACUGAAGGGCCAGAGCAUCUUUGCCGUGCCGCCAGAGAGUUUCGUGUGUGAUGACGUACCCAAGCCACAGAUUAUCACCCAGCCAGAGACGACCACAGCCGUGGUGGGCAAGGACGUCCGCUUCACUUGCUCGGCCGCCAGCAGCAGCAGUUCCCCGAUGACGUUCGCCUGGAAGAAGGACAGCGAGGUGCUGGCCAGUGCUGACAUGGAGAACUUCGCCCACGUCCGCGCUCAGGACGGGGAGGUGAUGGAGUACACCACCAUCCUGCACCUGCGCCGCGUCACCUUCGGGCACGAGGGCCGCUACCAGUGUGUCAUCACCAACCACUUCGGCUCCACCUACUCGCACAAGGCUAGGCUCACUGUGAAUGUGUUGCCAUCAUUCACCAAAAUGCCCCAUGACAUUGCCAUCCGGACUGGCACCAUGGCCCGCCUUGAAUGUGCUGCCACUGGCCACCCUAACCCCCAGAUUGCCUGGCAGAAGGAUGGAGGCACAGAUUUCCCUGCCGCUCGUGAGCGACGCAUGCAUGUCAUGCCCGACGACGAUGUGUUUUUCAUCACUGAUGUGAAGAUAGAUGACAUGGGGGUUUAUAGCUGUACCGCCCAGAACUCGGCCGGCUCCAUUUCAGCGAACGCCACCCUGACGGUCCUAGAAACCCCGUCCUUGGCGGUGCCCUUGGAGGACCGCGUGGCAUCCGUGGGAGAAACGGUGGCUCUCCAGUGCAAAGCAACUGGAAGCCCUCCCCCCCGCAUCACCUGGCUCAAGGGGGACCGGCCCCUGAGCCUCACCGAACGGCACCACUUCACCCCCGGCAACCAGCUGCUGGUCGUUCAGAACGUGGUGGUGGAAGACGCGGGCCGGUACACCUGCGAGAUGUCCAACGCCCUGGGCACCGAGCGUGCUCACAGCCAGCUGAGCGUCCUGCCCACUCCGGGCUGCAGGAAGGACGGCACCACUGUGGGCAUCUUCACCAUCGCGGUGGUGUGCAGUAUCGUGCUGACGUCCCUGGUCUGGGUGUGCAUCAUCUAUCAGACCAGGAAGAAGAGUGAGGAGUACAGUGUCACUAACACAGAUGAAACCAUCGUGCCACCAGAUGUUCCGAGCUACCUCUCUUCUCAGGGGACCCUUUCUGACCGACAGGAAACCAUGGUCAGGACUGAGGGUGGCCACCAGGCCAAUGGGCACAUCGAGAGCAACGGUGUUUGUCCGAGCGACACAGGCCUCUUUCCAGAGUUGGAAGCUCACGGCAUCACGUGCAGGCAGCCCAAGCUCUGCGUCGGGUGCACAAAGGAGCAGUGGAAAGGGGUGGAGGAGGCCGCCGGCACACCUGGUCCACAGAAGAUGAUGGAGCUCGGCGGCCCGGCGGUGUGUGGCGACUGCAGCAGCGAUGCGCACACUUACUCCGAGGAGCAGGCCUUCUGUCCUCAGCCUGUGCCCAGAGACGGUGCACAGCCAGCAACGCUGAACGGCCUGGAGCCUAGCCCGAGUGACCGCCCGCGCUCUCCACAGCAGCAGAGCAGUGGGGCUGCUGACGGGUCCCGUAGCCGCUGCAGGGGGUCCCUCUACCCCAGUAACCACGACAGAAUGCUGGCAGCCUUGAAGAAGCCAGCGGUGCCUCUAGAUGGGAAAGGGGCCUCCUCUUGGACGAUAGCGCGGUUGUGUGAGCUGGACCCCUUAGACCUGCAGCCUUCGUGUGCGUUAACUCCGGGCAAGCCUGAGCUCACAGAAGCUGCCUCGGGCUCUCCUGAUGUGCCCAGCGAAGGCCAGCACUUGCUUCUUUCCAAUGGACACCUCCCCCAAGCCUGUGACUCCGGUUCUGAGGCCACACCGGUGACGGGACAGCCGCCCGGGAGACGGAGCACGCCGCUGCUGUUUGCACCCAAAAGCUAG